CCGAAGGCAGGCUUUCGAAUUAAACUUACUGUCGAGGCUACUUUAGAUUAUACUAUCACUUCAACAUGUCAAUUCUUGCUGGAGACUCAAAUCUUUCUCUUUGUCUUGCUUGCUCGUCUUCUCUUCCUCCACGGUCUCAUGAUCCCAUCUUUACGACACAGUGCUGCAAAAAACCCAUAUGUUAUUCCUGUGUUUCAGGCAACCCCCGGCUCGCACGAUAUAACCCUUGCCUAGCUUGUCUUGGAGGAGUGCAGGCUGUAGGACUACGAAGGCACGGAGGAAGACAGCAGCCAUUUGUGCCACCGGAAAAGAUCAAUAUUAACGGUGCCGUGCGCGAUGAAGACACUUUUGUAUUAGGUGAAGAUGAAGACGACGAAGAUCUUUCUGGGGAAGGUACACCACCACCACCUUAUCCCGAACAGACAUCGUCCAAGUCGUCAUCACCACCAGCGCAAGCAGAUGGCCAGCCAACUCCACAGUCGAUUUCUUCGGCGGAGAUAACCACCAAGUUAAAUUCUUCUAAUUAUCACAAUUCAUCCCAAUACUAUAUUCAAAGAGGAGACACUGUGCACGGAAUUGCCCUUCGUUUCGGAGUUGACGGACGAGAGCUCUGUCGUUUGAACAAACUUCCGCCCAGUACACUAAGCAAAACUCCUCAUCUCCUCCAUACACGAACCGUCCUGACCCUUCCUGCUUUCGCUCGCCUCAAGGACCAAAAUGGACACAGCCUACUUUAUAGUCCCUCUGACGAUGCCGAAGAGACACUAAGAGCGGUGAGACGAGCUCGCGAACGUGCGGAGAAACAUUUACAAAUUGUCACCAAAGAAGUAGAUUGGAGAGUCGCAAAGGCUUAUAUAGCUCUUGCAGAAGAUGAAGCUGUUGAAGAUUCCGGACGGCAGUAUGACCUCAAAAAAAAAGAGCUGGGUACGGUUUCGCAGUUCAGAAAUGCCGUUGGGGGUCAGGCUUCUGAUGUGGAAUUGAGGGCGCUUGAUAUGUAUUUUGAAGAUGAUGAAUGGGAGGUCAGAGCACGACGAGAACGACAAACAAACAAAUUAUCUUAUUUUCUACCUUCGUAAUUUCCAGGAAAUAAAUAAAGGUAUAUCUACUCGACGUGCACGUUCCUGCAUGUAAUGCAUUACAUGUCUGUGUGAUGAUUUGCGGGGCAUAGAAGGCAUGAUGAUACUGGCUAGCAGCAGCUUUCUGUCAUCUCUUAAAAUGGUUGAAGAGAUAGAUAUCCUGCUCAGUGCUUUCACUACAAACGCGAGAGCGAUCCAAAAUAAAAAUGAAUUUAAUCAUCUGUAGGUGCAUCACCGACUCUGAAAGAGGAGGUCCUUGUUCGCACCAAAUGGCAAUCAAAAGUCGUGAGUUUUUGUGAUGGUAGUGUC